GUCAUGAUUUUUCUGUUACUUGUCGCUUACGCAGAUGGUUACAGCUCAGUUCUGAUGAUGUCUUAGUCCGCUGCAUAAGAGGGUGCUGUAAGGCAGUGCAAAGCAGUUCAGCUGCAGUUGUACAUCCGGCUCUCUGAUUUGCCUACAACAAAAAGACUUAUAUUUGGGUUUUGAUGCUUGGGGUUUACAGAAUUCAGUGUUGAGGAUACCACUGGCAAUUGCAGACUGAAUGUGGUGCCAAGAGUCCGUGCAAGGUGUUUCGUGAAAUCCACAUGUAUGACGUACCAGCUAUUAACAGGACUCUUCAUCGUUAUUUUUGAUCGCAAACACGCCAACCUAAAUAGGGCGUAUCGACAUAGUCACUGGCUGGUGACGAAGAUGACUCACAAGUCCAAUGUUGUGACAACGCCGCGUUUGCUUCGUUUACCCUUAAUGGGAGAUGGUUUGGGAAAUUAUCGCCGUGUAGUAUCGUAAUCCUUUCGUUCGCUAAAUAGUGAAACAAUUUAGCUAGCUAGCUCGUUGACAGUGAUUUAUGGUUUAAAUCAUUGCGAUUCAGUGAUGAAUUAGCCGCGUUUUUGUUUGUCCAGAGAUCAUGCCUGCUUUUACGGGUAAAUUGCGUUUAAUGGUGCUCGUUUUGUGGGUUAGCUGCGUUUUUAUAUUCUGUGAAUAUGUGAUAUAUUUCCCUACAAUUCUACGAUGCUCGUGGCCGGAGAUGACCGACCACAAAGACUUUCGGGCUCCUCUCCGGGCGCUGUUCUUGUCCGAUACUCAUCUCCUCGGGGCUAUUAGAGGACACUGGUUCGACAAACUGAGAAGAGAGUGGCAGAUGGAGAGAGCAUUCCAGACGGCGCUGUGGCUGCUCAAGCCCGAGGUGGUCUUCAUUCUGGGGGACAUUUUUGAUGAGGGCAAAUGGAGCUCCCCCAAGGACUGGGAAGAUGACGUUAGACGCUUCAAACAAAUCUUCCGUCACCCCAGUGACAUGGAACUUGUGGUUCUUAUUGGCAACCAUGACAUCGGCUUCCAUCAUGAGAUGACGCGCUAUAAACUGGAGCGCUUUGAGAAAGUGUUCAAUUUGACGUCGGCACGCAUAAUCACUAAGAGAGGUGUCAAUUUUUUGCUAGUGAACAGUGUGGCACUGCAUGGGGAUCACUGUCCAAUCUGUAAAAGUGUGGAGAGUGAGCUGCACCAUCUCUCACAGGCACUAAACUGCUCUGUACAGGCAACCCACGCAUCAUCAUCACCAUCAUCACAUCAGCAGCCGUCCACUGCUGUGCUGACUGAGGCUUACUGUCCCUGUGGAUCUCCUCAGAGCCAUAAUGCUGGUGGAGAGAGGCAUCGCUGCAAAGAUGUGCAGAAAUAUGCAUCCUCUCCUCCCGUCAUACUGCAGCAUUACCCCCUGUAUCGGGCCAGUGACAGCAAGUGCACAGGGGUAGAUGCAGCGCCACCUAACGAACGCUACAAGCAAUUUCAUGAGCGCUAUGAUGUGCUCUCUCAGGAUGCCUCAAAGAUGCUGCUGUGGUGGUUCCAGCCCCGCCUUAUUCUCAGUGGCCACACCCACAGUGGCUGUGAGUUUCUCCAUGAAAACCGGUUCCCCGAGGUCAGUGUUCCGUCUUUCAGCUGGAGGAACCGCAACAACCCCAGCUUCAUAUUGGGAUCAUUUUCUCAGUCUGACUUUGCAUUGUCUAAGUGCUUCCUGCCCGAAGAGAGCAGUGUUAUAGCAGUAUACUGUGGCAGCGUCUUGGUAAUUGCGCUCAUCACACUCAGCCACCUCAGUGUGUUCAGGAGGGCGCUGCGCUUGGCAAACAGGCUUCUAGGGAAGCAGAAGUCUAUCUGAAAAUGCACACUAACACUAAUGUGAAUAUAUGCUCAGUGAUUACACGUUCGAGGUAUUUUAAAGAGCCAUUUUGCACAGAGUUUCACUGUCAGGGAAGUGGAUCCAGAUGCCAGCUAAUGCACUUGGACUGAACUGUGAUGAGUCAACUGAAACUGGAAGUAUUUUUAGGAAUUUUUUUGAAACCUUUGUGUUAAUGAUUGUGUGUGUGACUAAGGCUUUACUUUUAUUUAAAGCUGUGUAUUAAUCCAUUUACUUUUAAAGUCUCUUUCACCUAUGUUUUCCCAAGUCUUUAAGGAUUUUCACCUUAAAAUGUCUUCACUAACUCAGGUGGCAAGGCCUGAUUAGAUUUUUUUACUCUAUGAGAAAUGUUUUGAAUAAAGUUUUGACUGAAACAAAUGCAAAUAAAA